AUGCCAUCAAUUGCCGUUUAUGAAGAUGUCGGUCAUGCUGGUGUGGAAGAGGUCCCUUCUUCAUCGUCUUCACUAAACGCUCAACGAUCAUCCCUUCAUCAACAAGAUUCCAAAUGGUUCAUCCAUCCAACUCAUUAUUCUCUUCUCGAUGAAUUGGAAAUCUAUCCUCGAGUCUACAUUGGUGGUCAAUAUGAAGCCAAAGAUCCCGAAUGGUUUGCUCAUCAUCAGAUCUCUCACGUUUUGAAUGUGAGCUCCUUACAAAAUACAUUCCAAAAAAAGACACUGUACUAUCACAAUGCAGAGUUGAAUUCAACUCGAGAGGAAACGACGUCCCAAGCCAUGGCAGACUCUGAGAAUGUAAAUCCCAAUAUCAUCAUCAUGAAAGAUGAAAUUCCAAAGACUGUAAAAUCCAAGGAGGAUACCUUGAAGAAUUCGUUACAACAACCACCUCUCGGAAAACCCAUGAACGUUACCUAUUUAAAGAUCAAUGUUGAUGAUUCCACCGACGUUAAAAUUGCUCGACAUUUUGAUAAAGCCAUUACAUUUGUUCGUAAGGCUUUGGAAGAAAACUCUCAGAAUAGAGUUCUUAUUCAUUGUAAGGAAGGCAAAUCAAGAUCUGUAACCAUGAUGCUUGCUUUCGGAAUGACCUACUUCCAUUUGACCUUGCUGGAAGCCUUUCGUCAUUUUGAAAACAAGACCAACAAUCGUUCUCGAAUCAAUUUGGGAUUUCAAUUACAACUCAUGAAUUAUGAAAAGGAGCUUCUUGAAGAGAAGGGAGUUGAGAAUCCAAAAAAUUCACUCGACUUUUUAAAUUCGUAUCAAAUGUCGACCUGUCGAAAAGUACCAUCAACCAAUGUUGUUAAUAUUAGUACUUCUUCCUCCAUUGUAGUUGAUGGUACAAGUACGGCAAUGGCAUCUAUAUUGAAAGCAACAACAACAACAACCUUAGAAAGACCAGCUCUCAAACCAAUUUCUCUCGCAAAUGGAAGUACUCCACAAGCACCAUCCAUUACUAUUUCCUCCACCACAUCAUCUUCAAAGAAUGUUAAGAAACCUAUCGUUGACUUGGGUGCUAUCAUACAGACACAAGAAGAACCCGAGUAUAUAAGUCCAAUUAAGGCAGUUCGAAAAUUGAAUCCCUCUUCAUUGUCCACGACAAUGACAACAACAACAACACCACUUCGAUCAACAUCAUCGACUCCAUCUAUUCAAAAAACACACCGUGGCUCUACUGCUGUUCAGAAAACGCCAAAAAACAAACUUCCACCCACUCCUCUUGCUAUUGCUUCAGAACUUCAAGAAGGAAAGAAUAUGGGUCUCAUUGGAGACGAUUAUGCCUCACUUGAAUUCAAGUUUGACGAUGAUGAUCAGCAAGAUGUGGAAAUAUCAGACGCCUUGGAUGAGAGAGUAUUCAUGACCACUCCUUUGAAAAAGAGAAAAUCAGAGGAGACUGCUACUACUACCACGAAAAAGAAUGAGGCGAUAAGGCAAGACCAAGGUGCUGUAACGUCUUCUUCCACGAGUGCGAUUAGUAUUUCUGAAAUACCUCAGUUUGAUUCUUUUGAUUUUACCUUUUAA